CAGCGGGAGGACGGUGCGGUGCAGCUUUUUGCGACGGGGAGCCCUCCCUUGUCUCCACAACUCUGUUCCCCUCUAACCGGGAGCAGCUCAGUAGCAGAAGAUCCGUGGUUUUUGCUUCUGUUUGCGCCACUACCUUCACCAUCACCACCAUCAUCAUCGUCUCCAAAGACAGGGGAAAUACGCUGCACCGCCGGACAACAGGAUUUCGGGUUUCCAGGAUAAAGACCGCUCUCCUACUCCUUCCCCCCGCCCCCCCCCUUACUCACCGCACAGCCCGUGCCCUGGCCGGGGGCGGCAGACCGGGGGGGGUAACAAUGGUGAAGUUUCUGGUGAGUUCUGGCUGCGCCCUGGCUGCGUCUGUGCUGCUCCGUGUGCCUGUCGGAUCGUGGUGAGGAGAAAAUGAGCGAAGAGACGGCGACUUCUAACGAUAAUAGUUAUGCACGAGUGCGAGCUGUGGUGAUGACCCGGGAUGACUCAAGUGGUGGAUGGUUACCACUUGGAGGGGGUGGACUAAGCUGUGUCACAGUCUUCAAAGUCAUUCCCCAGGAAGAGAAUAGCUGUGCUGAUUUUCUUAUCCAUGGAGAACGACUCAGGGAUAAAACGGUGGUCUUGGAAUGCACAUUAAAGAAAGACCUCGUUUACAACAAAGUUACUCCUACUUUUUACCACUGGAAGAUUGAUGACAAAAAGUUUGGCCUCACAUUUCAGAGUCCUGCUGAUGCAAGAGCAUUUGAUAGAGGUAUUCGGAGAGCAGUGGAGGAUAUUUCUCAAGGUUAUCCACCCUCCCAAAAUGAUGUUGAAGUGGCAGAAGACUGCUUUCAAACUGCUCAAGAAAACACAUCAGGUUCACUAAUGAAAGAUCACCUUUUUCAACAUGAAACUGUAGUAACCAGUGAAACUUACAACAGUGCAAAUUUAAGGCCUUCAACAUUUGAGGAUUUCAACACCAGGAGAGUCUGUUUCCCUAGCCAACCUAACCAGGUCCCACUGAAGUCAAUCAGACACGUUAGUUUUCAGGACGAAGAUGAAAUUGUCAGAAUAAACCCUCGUGACAUUUUGAUACGUCGUUAUGCAGACUACAGGCAUCCUGACAUGUGGAAGAAUGACCUGGAGAGGGAUGAUGCAGACUCAAAUAUACCAUUUUCUAAAUCAGACAGUAAAAAAUCUGACUAUUUAUACCCAUGUGGGGAUGGAACUAAGUUGAAUUCCCUAAAAGACUCAAAGAGUUCUGUGGUAUUUAAAACUCAGCCUUCCUCAUCAAAAUUUAAAAACUCAAAAAGAAGGAAAGAGGAUGGUGAGCGUUCCCGCUGUAUAUACUGCCAGGAAAGGUUUAAUCAUGAAGAUAAUGGCAGAGGAAAAUGUCAAGAUGCGCCCGAUCCUAUUAAAAGAUGUAUCUACCAAGUUAGUUGCAUGCUUUGCGCAGAGAGCAUGCUGUAUCACUGCAUGUCAGACUCUGAAGGCGAUUUCUCUGAUCCUUGCUCGUGUGACACUAGUGAUGACAAGUUCUGCUUACGCUGGUUAGCACUGGUGGCACUCUCGUUCAUAGCUCCGUGUAUGUGCUGCUACCUCCCCUUGAGAGCAUGCCAUCACUGUGGUGAGGUGUGUGGGUGCUGUGGAGGAAAGCAUAAAGCUGCGGGAUGAAUCAGUCUUGUGCCAAACAGAGCUGAAAAAUCUUUGUUUCCAGGAAGCAUCUAACUUGGAUUUGUGGAAGCUUUUUGGCAAGCUGAAGGGAAUCUUCUUUCACGUAAGAGAUGCUUGAUGUGGAGGAAGCCACAAGACUUGUCAGACCUUGGCAUUUUACAAGUGCUAGCCACGCCUAACUACUAUUUCCUUUGAGUGCGUGGCAUUUGUUGCGAGUUGUGAAGGAGAUUUUGCAAAGGAAAGCCUGUUCUUAUUAUUGGCUAUAAAAUGAGUAUAUAAACUAUGAUUAUACUAAAAGGGAUUAACUUUUGCCACUUUGUACAUUCAUGGUUUAGGUGAGGGGGCUCUUUUAAAAGGAUUAAAACUUAUCUGAGGGGAAAUUUUAACUAAAAGUGCACUAGUGACAGUUGAUUUAAGAUUAAGAAAAGUUAAUACUCAGCAAAUGAGAAAUGAAACUGAUUUUAAGUGCAACUAAAUCACUUAUUAAUAGUUUUUUGGAAGCAACUUUAUGUAUAAAUAACAAAUGUUUAUAUUUAACUAAAUGUGUAAGGUACGAAUUAUUACAUGUUAAACUUUCCUUCCCUCCGAUAUAGUAGGUAUGGACCAUAUCUACUGUCACAUUCCAUGGUAGUAUUUUAAAUAGUUAAUUUAGUUGCAUUUUUGUUCCAGAUGGACAAAUUGAUAUUUUCAGUCCUGGUUCCCUUCAGCUACAGUUUGUGUUGAGUUGUAUCCAUGCAUUCUGAUAAUCUAAAAACCUUUAAAAUAUUAAUUAUUCUAGUCUUGAGUGACCAAUAUUUUUUUGUUAAGCACAGAUGUAAUUGUCUAAAAUGUUCUUGUUAGAACAUAACAUUUAUUUUUAUAUAUAAAUUACUUUGAUUUCAACAUAAUAGCAAAAAGGAUGUUGUUUCUGUUGUUCAACCAGCAAGUUGUUUUCUUUUGGGGUGUCCUCCAAAAAUACUUUCUUGCAUAUUCAAAUGUUCAUUAAGCAAAAGGUACAUUAAGGCAGUUGUAACAAAUUGUCAUCAGUGUUCUUGUUUAUCCUUCUGUUAAACUAGGAUCCUGUUCAGCUGUUUAUCAAGUACUAUGAUUAAAACAAAAGAUUAAUAACAAAAGUGAAAUUGUUUUCAUUAUUUUGAACCACAACUUUUUCUAAUUUGAACGGGCAAGAACAAAAGAACUGUGUAUUUUGUUCAAAAAGAACAACAAAAGACUUAGCUUGAGAAAUAAAUUACAGCCCAGACAAAACUGAGUGAACUUCUUAAUUGGGGAAAUUUGAAGGCGGGACUGGGGAGGGAGGCUGGAGAGUGAGUGUGUGUGUGUGUGCAUGUGUAUGAAUGCUGGUAUACUGUGUAUGGUAAUUCUUAUGGUUUUGUAUUUGGUAAGCCUAACUUUCAGGUAAGAAUUAAUCAAUUAACCCACAGAGAAUUUUUAAAAGCAUUACAUGUUGUGCUGUGUUAUGAAGAAAGAAUCAUGUACUACUUGUUAAAAACAUGUAAAACACUAAAACCAGUCAUAAUUCAUUAGCAAAGGUGCCUGACAUCUUGGCUGAAGUGGGACAGAUUGUCUUUAGUAUACCCUUGUUAUUAAACAUAGAACCAAAUAAUUUUAUUUUAAAAAUGCAUUACUUACUUUUCUCACUUACAUGCAUUUCUUCAGUAUAUUUUGUGUAAUUAUUUUUCUGCAUGUAUCAAGCCCCUUAAUUUUCCCGUGUAGCCCAGAAGUGAGCAAAUGUAUAUAACUGUCUGUAAAAUACUUUUUAAAAGAAAACAUUUAUAUUUAUAUUACAGCUUGAAUUGACCGCCUUGUGUACAUAGAUCAUCUCAAAGUAUUAUUUCACAUUGAAAAAGACAACAAAUAUCUUGAUAACUAUAGAAGUUAUGGAAGAGCUUCUAGUUUUGUAUUAAGAGUUGAUUGGAUGGCCGAAGUCCAAGAAUAUGACCUGGUAGCAGCAGUCUUGGUUUUUACUGUUUAAUGUUUUUGAAUGCUGCUACUCUGGUUGGUUUUCAUGCUUCACACAUUUUCAGCUAAACUUGGUUGCCUAGAAUAGACUGUUAACUUUAAAAACAACUUUCAUUAAAAAAUGGUGAUGUUUUUCUAGUGAAUGAGAAGAACUUAACAUUUGUAAGUGCUAGGUUCCUAAUUCAAGGUGGAGAGGUAUGAACAACCUAAGAAAAGAACUUGCUGGCUGUAUAAGAAAAUGUAUAUAUACUUCAGAAAGCAAUUAGUUUUAGCAAUUUCCUCUGAGCACUAUACAACAUAGUGGAACUCCUGGUCCUGUACUGUAUUUUAUAUGACACAUAUCCUUUAAUAUUUUUAUUAAAUGCGUGCAUUAAUAUUUUCACCUUGCAUUUAACCACUUUGCUGCUAAAAUGUUUUCAUCUUUUGCUCUUCUCUUUGAAGACUUGUAUCAUCUAAAAACGGUUACUGAUGGGCCCGUGCUUGCUUGUUCCCGUUGUGCUGCAAGUGUCAGCCAGCUUGCCUGCUUUGAGAGACCAAAGGAGUGAGUGCGAGGAUCCGAGGUUGCGUAAGGAUUGGUUUUAGCAGCAUGCACGUGUACUUUUCCUCUGGUGCUAGGGAUCUUACCCACUGUUACAUUUAGGAGAUGAGCAGUGGAAGGUAGACAUAGAGCAUACCCAUUCCAGAACAGCUUGUUGCAUUCAUGCAUCUUCCGGUUUUGGCGGCACGUAACAUUCAUUCUGUCUCUUCUGAAAUACCUUCUUGAGCACUUGGAAAGAGAGAAAUUUCUUCCUCGAUCUGUAAUCCUUGCCCUUAACAUCGGUGCUGUAGUUUGUCAGACCCGAGCAUUUGGAAACCGUCACUGAAUAUUAAGUCCCUCGCUCGUUGAAAGCCUCGGUUACGGUGCAGAUUGUUUCCCGUGGCAGUGGGGAAGCGGGGGGAGAGCGUUGCUCGGGCACCAUCUGCUGGAGGAAGGCUCGGCGGCCUCGGGCGCAGCUCAGUGCCAUCGCAGUGCCCGGCUGUCCGUGCACAGCUUGAGGCACACGGUUGGUUUGUGCUUCAGCCGUGAAUUUACAGAACAGUCAUUUGCAAUCUGACCGGGAUGCUUUAGCUUAUCAUGCCUCUUAAGAUUUAUUAUUAAUACUGAAGUAAAAAUCCUUUGACCAUAUAUUUUGUUUGGUUUAAAAUUGUUGUGAUAGCCUGUCACAGGAUCAUAAGGACAAAGAAUGAAAUGAAAAUUCUUUUGAUUGUGUCACUGGGCUUAUAAGAAAGGGGUUUUAUUAUUUUUAUUUUUUUAUGAUGACUGUUUUAUUUAUUUCCCCUCUCAAAGUUCUUCCCACAGCAAAGUGAUGGAGUUUUGAUGCUCAUGCAGAGGUAAUUUGGCCUUUUGGUUUGUGAUACAAAUCAAGUUGUGAGUAUGCACAGCUGGAUGUGUGCUCUCACACAUAAAAUUCAGUAGCUGUGAAGGAUACACAGUACAGCUGUGUGCAUGGUUAAAGCAGUAUCUAAUAAUAAUUACAAUUAUUAUGGUAACUGUUUAGUAAAGAGCACGAUGUCAUAAAACUCUUUGAGAGCUUAUAGAAGAGAUGUUUCAAACAGUCUUAACCCAUGCAGUUUCCUCUAGAGAAACAAAGGUUUUUGAAGAAUGCUGUAAUUGUGCACGUUGGAAUAUAACAUUCCCAUUUUGGAUGAGUUCUCUUCAGAAUGAUCUGUUUGUGUGUACCUGGAGGAUACUGUCGAACACUUGUGUAAACAAUGCCCAGGUUUAAAUUAGACUUUAAAUCUUUUCCAAGCUUACGGCACAAUGUACAGCCAGUACAGCUAUACAUUCAUAUUAGUAAAAUGAAGAUCAGGAUUACUGGCUGGCAACAAAAACAAGGACUUUAAAAAGAUGCCUUAUGGUACUAUUAGUCCAGCAGCUGGCUGGAUAAAACUUUUUAACUUUGGUGCAUUUACAAAUAUAAACAGGGGUUGAGGGGGGCUGUUGGGUUUUCAUUUUGGGUUUGUUGUUUUUUUUCUGAAAAUUUCCCUUAAUUGCAAAAGUUGUGGUUCGUUAAAGAAAUCAAAGCAUUUGGUAAAAAAAGCAGCCUUCAUGUUUAAAGCUGCAGUAUAAGCUGUACGUGGUUCUCCUUCUUUUGCUUGGUGCCAUUUGCUUUUCACCCUAAUGACCUCAAAGUGCCUCAUGUGUAUAUUGUUUCCAUUAAACCUCAACUGCUAUUUGUGUCUACUAAAUGAUGUAUAAUUUAAUUAAUUCAUCCCAUAGGUGUCUGCUUGAAGAAUAUGAAUAUAGCUUGUUACUUUGAAUAUAUAAUGUAAAUAUGUCUUUAAGUUUGUAACUGGUUUAUUACAUCAUAUCCUUGUAAGAUGGCAUAGUAGAUAACACCAUAAAAACUGUUUCAAUGUUUUUCCUGUAAUUACCUAAUUAAAACUA